AGUGCAGGUCAGGAUUUUUGUCAGGAAUCACAGCGAGUUUGUUUUCCGGAUUAAUCUGCUGCUCGGCGUCUGGAGCUGGACUUUUCCCUCGCCUCACACACACACACACACACACUGACACUCUCACACACACUUUCACACACACACUCACACACUUUGGGACUAGCAGCAGCCGGUCACCGUGCGGCUCUUCUCCUGUUUUCACCGUGAAGGCGGAGCGUCCUCUGGGGGAGCCGCAGUCCCAUGCAGGCAGGUGAUGGAGGUCAGCAGGUCCCACGGUGGAGGCUGCAGAAGUCUUCCUCCUCCUCCUCUCUGCUCUCCUCUGCUGACGGCUGGAUGUUCAGAGGGAAGAAGAGGAAGCAGGCCAGUAGAGAUGUUGACUCCCUCAGUCUCUGCAGUCUGGACAUCAAUGAGCCCAGCACCAAGCGCAGCAAGCCGGUGUCCAGGGUGACGUCGCUGGCCAGCCUCCUGCCGCCCGUCAAGACCGCGCCGCUCAAGAGGAUUGGUCAGACGCUGCAGCGCUCCAUCAGUUUUCGUAAUGACAGUCGGACGGAGAGACUUCCUCCUCCUUCCUCCUCGACGACAGGGAUGCGCGUUACCUCGGCGACAGGUGCCCGACCUUCCUCCUCGGCGACUGCCACGCGUGUUUCCACGGCAACGGCCUCGGCGACCAAGCGGCGCGACAGCAAGCUGUGGAGCGAGACGUUUGACGUGGGAGCGACGCAGCCUCUGACCUCUAAGGAGAUAAAACGACAGGAGGCUAUAUUUGAGUUGGCUCAGGGAGAGCAGGACCUGGUGGAGGAUCUCAAGUUGGCUAAGAAGGCCUACCACGACCCCAUGCUCAAGCUGUCAAUCAUGACCGAACAGGAGCUCAACCAGAUCUUCGGCACUCUGGACUCACUGAUACCACUGCACGAAGAUCUGCUGAGUCGCCUCCGAGACGCCAGAAAACCAGACGGAUCCACAGAACAUGUGGGACACAUCCUGACCGACUGGCUGCCCUGUCUCUACUCCUACACUCCGUACUGCAGUAACCAGGUGAAGGCCAAGGCGCUGCUGGACCAGAGGAAGCAGGACCGGCGGGUCCAGGACUUCCUGCAGCGCUGCCUCCAGUCGCCCUUCAGCAGGAAGUUGGACCUGUGGAACUUCCUGGAUAUCCCUCGCAGCCGAUUGGUCAAGUACCCGCUGCUGCUGAGGGAGAUCCUGAAGCACACGCCCAACGACCACCCGGACCGUCAGCACCUGGACGAGGCGAUGGUGAUGGUUCAGAGUGUGGUCGCGGACAUCAACAGGCGGACGGGCGAGUCAGAGUGUCAGUACUAUAAGGAUCGUCUGUUGUACACGGAGGACGGACGGAGGGACGGACUCAUCGACCGAUCGAAGACGCUCAGCUGCCACGGAGAGCUGAAGAACAACAGAGGAGCCAAGCUCCAUGUGUUCCUGUUCCAGGACGUCCUGGUGAUCACCAGGUCCAUCUCGCUCAACGAUCAGCCCGUCAGCUACCAGCUCUGCCGCCAACCAAUCCCCAUCCGACAGCUGGACCUGGAGGACCUAUCAGACGGAGAGAUGAGAGUGGGCGGGUCCAUCAGAGGAGCCUUCAGCAACAACGAGAGGACCAAGAACUUCUUCCGGGUCUCCUACCGCAGCGGAGGUCAGCUCCAAAGCCACUGCUUCCAGGCGAGCGACGCCUUCAACAAACAGCAGUGGAUCAACUGCAUCCGACAGGCCAAGGAGGCUGCAGCUCUGAGCGGAGAGCAGCCCCCGCAGGCUGAGCCGGGCAUAGACACAGGCCUGGAGAUCUGUGGAGAGACCGGGCUGGGAGGGGAGAUGGAGGCAGGGCAGGGGCUGAAUGGAGAGACACAGCUGAGUGGAGAGACGGGUCCCAGUGUGACUGGUGAGACAGGUCUCCAUAUGGAUGGAGAGACAGGGCUGGGGCUGUCUGUGGAGAUGGAAGCAGAGAUAGACUGUAAGCUGACAGUGGAUGGAGACGGAGAUGGAGAUGCAGGAGGAGGAGGAGGAGGAGGAGGAGGAGGAGGAGGUGUUGAUGAUGCUCCCGCCUCCCUCUGCUCCUCUGCUGCUCCCUGUGAGGAGGAGGAGGAGGAGGCGAUGGAGCAGGAGCAGAGCGGUGGCGAGGAGGAAGUGGAGGCCAGUAUGGACAGCAGUGACGUGGCCUCGCUCCGGGGGGAGGAGCUCAUCCUCAGGUGCUGACCCCACAACAAGACAUUUACUUACCGGCAACUCAGCCAAUCGGGAGGGGACUAGACAAUGAUGUCAUCACACAGGACUGUCGGGUUGUUCUUUGCUUUUUUAGACAUCAAGGAGGAAGCAGACGGUAAAGAGCGAGGUCACGGUCCGCUCAACUCGACACCCAGGGCGGCCGCUGUGUUCUAGAAUGCUGUAACCGUGGUAACCGGCGUGUUCUAGAGCACUGUAACUAUGGUGACCACUGUUGCGCACUGGAAUGCUGCGACAGUGGUAACCAGUUUGCUCCAGAACCCCGGUCCCACGUGACUGCACUGACCACACUGGUGUUCCAAAACUUCAGGUGUCAUGUAACCAUGGUAACCACUGUGUUCUAAAACUUCAGGUGUCAUGUAACCAUGGCAGCCACUGUGUUCUGGGAUGCUUGCUCCUAGUAACUAUGGUAACCACUGUGUUCUCCAGCACUGGUGCCACAUAACUGUUGUCACUGCAGGUUCUCAAAACUCAGAUAACCACUAUGUUCUAGAGCGGUGACUUUCAAACUGUGGCUCCUGACCCGCUGCUGGGUCCCAGCACGGAGACAGGCGGGGCCUGGGAGCGCUGCAUCAGUGCAUUCUGUUCUGUAAUAAAGGACAGAAGUUUCUUAUACAUCCAUUAAGCCGCCUAAAACCCCACUGACCAUGAUGCCCUGCGUGAGCGACGGCAACCAGAGAACAGCAGCCUUCAUGGCUCGCUGGCAACACGGACAAACUCUCCAAACCAAGAUCAGCCAACAUGCUGCCUAAAGACAACAAGGAUCACUCUCCAAAAACAAAAAAUGUCACGUAGGAAGUAGAAUGAUUCAUGUAUCAAGUCACGGACCUGAGGGUGACGUCUUUGCCUGGAAAAGUUGGCAUGUUGUAACAUUGGAUUCACUAGAAAUUUAAAUAAAUGUAAUGUCCAACAAAUAAUAAUACACUGAACAGAACUCCCCCACAGCCAGUAUUUGAAAGUAUUAGGAAAGUUACAACAUUGUGAGAUGGUUAAUUUUUAUCUUCACUGAAAUAAUAAUACAUUUUUAUUGAACUCCUAAAUUGAAACAGUGUUUCACGAUAUAAACAAUACAAAUAUAAAUAUAGAAUUCACUGUCACAGUGGAUAUAAGUGCUUUGAAAGCUCUUAUAUCCAUUGUUACAACCACAGGAUUUUAGCAUUGCAGUCCUGUGUUACCGUGGUAACCACUGUUCUAUAAUGCUGGAAAAAGACAAACCAAACAAUGGAGCGGCUAACUCGGUCAGAGUAAGAACGGCGUACAGGAACCCACAUCAGAAACAUGAACACUGGGAACGGGACUCAUAACUUUGAGUCCUGUGCUUUGACUGCAUGACAGGCCGAGCCGCUGGGUGAGCGAUGGAGUGUGCCGAGUUAAAACUGUUUCCAUCAGGUGUGUCGACCCGAGCCGGCUAACUCCCUCCCCCCUGCACGGAGGAUCAGAACGAGCAGAGGCACAACAACAACGUCACUUUUCAGAAGCUGAAAAAUCAGGGCACCGGUGCUGGAACAAAGAUGUCGGCAUCUUUCGGGGAAACUGACCUUUUUCCUGAGUUCAUGGGGAGGUCAGAGGUCAGAGGUCAGAGUCAGAGUGGGCACGUUGAGUCUCUGGGGGCUGAGGUUUGGACUUUGUGGUGACAGGACAGUCUUUGUUUCUAGCCACUGUGUCUCUCCGCUGUCUAACAACAGAGGACAGACUUGACUUGAACUGGUAAAACACUAUUGGGCACAUGUGAGUGUGGAUCGCCUCCUCCUCAGCUGUUACCACUUACAUGAAGAAGAGGAGGAGAGCGCAGAAUGAAGAGAACACUGGUUUACUCUGGAAGAGAUCUGCUCGAGUGCUUUUUUUUAUUUUCAGCCUCUUGUUGUCAUCCUUCAUGUACAUGUACUUUUUUGUUUAGUUUUUUUGUCCUUUACUUCUUUCUUUUCUGUUUUUUCUCCUUGUCUUUAUUUAUGUAUGCACACUAUUAUCAGCUAUGUGAAGUUGUGUGGACCAGCCAAUACAAGCCACCAGGCUGAAUGUGGGUUCCCAUUUAAAACGGUUCUGUAAGCGGGGAUGAAGUGGACGGUAACCCCAGACUGCCCACUUUUUUUUUUUAUUUUUGGAAAAGAAUCUUUUUAAACAAACUUUUAAAAAUCUUUAUGACGUUCAUUCAUUGUAUACAUUAAGUUUAUCUGACAGCAGUGUCUUUAAGGAACCAAAGUAGCUUCAUAAACUUAGUCAGCUUUUUAUUUAUGGUGACAUAAAUAAAUCCUAACAUUUGCAGAACCCAGUGCCCUCUGCAACACUGCACGGCCUUACAUUUAUACAAGAGAAAAAGCCUGCAGUUGCAGUAUAGCAACCCGUGUUGAGGCAAUUUACAGUACCACCCACUUUGUUUACGAUGUCAUUUACGGGACUGAACAUAUUUUUUCAAUCUGAAAUGUUUUGUCUGACCUUUGGAUCCGAGGCUGAUCGUAUGUGACCACUAGAGAGAAGUUGGAGGUGGAUGUGGAAGCUGGAAAAGGCUGAUUUGAAUUUGUCAUGUCUGUAAACACUGGAGUAAAACAGAGCUGUACACUGAUGGUUUAUGAAAGUUGCAAAGAACUUUUUUGUAAAUGAAGUUCUUCCUGAUAAUUUCUGGCUGUGCUAAAGGUGUGAACAAUCAAACGGCAGAUUGUAAGUUUGAUGAGAUCCCUUUCACCGUGAAAAUGCCACAGACUGCAAGUCUUUUAAAAUAUCAGUAUUUUACCAAAGCUGUCGACAGAAAGCGCUCCAGCAAGUACAUCAAAUGCCUCUUCAUGUGACGUUUCGUUUUCGGAUGAUCCAUCCUCACAGUUUUGCCACAACGUUGAAGUGUUUCCUGCUGCAGAAUUCAAAGUUUUUGUGGAUAAGACAAUCAGAAAAAUAGGUGGCAAAACCACAGAGGAGGUGCCUGUUGUGUAUGUAUGUACUGUAUGUUUGUAAAGAAUGUAUAUUAAAUCUCUCUGUAUAUGAAUGUAGGAGCAUAGCCAAGCAUGUCUGUCCAAUGUGAUUACACAAUACAAGUGAAAUAUGGACUGGGAUGUCAAGACAAUCAGUGUGAUGUUAUUACUGAUGAUGUUUGUUGUGAUGAUGGAAUGGAGAGUAAAGUGUGAGACAUGUA